GGUAGCUGUGGUUCAGAUCACACUCAGUCUCACUCUCAAGUAAAGUAAUACAGAGAAUCUCAGCGGUGUUGCUGCUGCACGCUCUCGGGGGAGAUAAGGUGAGAUUGGCUUCUUGUAAAGUGGAGCUCAGUUUGGUGUGAUCGGAAACUCUUUCUCUGUAUGAUCACAGGAAGCUGUAUAGGAACCUGCUGAUUCACUAGAUUGAAAUCAGCAUGCAGGGAGCCUUCAACUGCUCAGCCUUGUAACAGCACAGCAGAGUGAUACAGCACAGCAACGUGUGAUACAGCACAGCAACGUGAUACAGCACAGCAGAGUGAUACAGCACAGCAACGUGUGAUACAGCACAGCCGAGUGAUACAGCGUGGGAAAGCAUUGUAAAGCACAGAGAGGUCUGGUAAAGCACAGGGAAAGCAUUGUAAAGCACAGAGAGGUCUGGUAAAGCAUAGGCAAGCAUUGUAAAGCACAGAGAGGUCUGGUAAAGCAUAGGGAAGCAUUGUAAAGCACAGAGAGGUCUGGUAAAGCAUAGGGAAGCAUUGUAAAGCACAGAGAGGUCUGGUAAAGCAUAGGGAAGCAUUGUAAAGCACAGAGAGGUCUGGUAAAGCACAGGCAGGUCCGGUCUGGUCUGGUCUGGUCUGGUGCAGGUGGCCAUGUGUUUUCCUGGCCCGUGGUUUGGAAAGUAGGUCAGUGCCUUAUCUGGUGUGUUGCAGGCAGUGGGUCGAGAGGCUGGCUGGCAGCUCGGGUGCAGCAGAGGCGGUUUCCAGGAAGCGUUUCCUCCGAGUCAGAGCGCAAGGGGGCGGGGCUCCCUGCACCGCACACAUCAACCCCAGAUCACGAGCGCUUCGGAACAAAGUCAAACUCGCCUGCUGCUGCUGCUGCGCACACACAGCGCUGCCUUCAAAGGGAGUUAUCUAUCAACGCGUCUGCUGCUGCUGCGCACACACAGCGCUGCCUUCAAAGGGAGUUAUCUAUCAACGCGUCUGCUGCUGCUGCUGCGCACACACAGCGCUGCCUUCAAAGGGAGUUAUCUAUCAACGCGUCUGCUGCUGCUGCGCACACACAGCGCUGCCUUCAAAGGGAGUUAUCUAUCAACGCGUCUGCUGCUGCUGCGCACACACAGCGCUGCCUUCAAAGGGAGUUAUCUAUCAACGCGUCUGCUGCUGCUGCGCACACACAGCGCUGCCUUCAAAGGGAGUUAUCUAUCAACGCGUCUGCUGCUGCUGCGCACACACAGCGCUGCCUUCAAAGGGAGUUAUCUAUCAACGCGUCUGCGUGUGUCGGGGGGGGGGGGGGUUACAGCUCUGGCUAGUUGUGUUUUUAACUCCCCUUUUUUUAAAAGCUUUCGGAAGUUGUUCUUGUGUGUUACUGACACGCGCGUCCCUGCACCUGAAAACACAGCGAUAAUGAAAACCUGGAGCGCGUUAUUACUGCUGGGGCUGCUGGGGACCCUGGGCUCGGCGUGGGGUACGGACACUGAACCCCGCAGCGCAGCACGACCCCUGCAGGCUAACGCGAGCACUGCACCCUGGGUCCAUCGCAGGGGGAGGAGGGCUGGAGAGUGUGCAAACGGGAGACACAGGGAUGAGGGCUCCAGGCUGUGCUGCCUCAGCUGCCCUGCUGGUUUCUACAGACAUGCUCCAUGCACAGACCGUGAUAAGUGGCAUCACUGCCGGCAGUGCCAGCCGGGCACCUUCCUGGAGCACAGCAACUACAUGCGGAGCUGCGAGAAGUGUGAUUCCUGUGAUGAGAGCUUGUUGCAGGUGGUGGUGAGGACUUGCACCCCCUCCAGCAGGACGCAGUGUGGCUGUCCAGGAGGACACUACAAGUCAAGAGACAGCCUCUGCAGACCCUGCACACUGUGCCAGCACAGACCUGUCAACAGCAACUGUUCAGGUGUUGAUGACACGGUGUGUGGAGACUGUCUCUCGGGGUUCUAUGAAGAUGAACAGAAGGUUUGUCAGCCGUAUGAGAGACAGCCUGGGGGCUCACCACUAGGAGCCAUCAAAGGCGGGGUCUCUCCUCUCAUGUACAUGGUUGCCUGCCUCGCUCUGGUGCUGUCUCUGCUGGCCGCCGCGGGCAUCCGUUCCUUCAGACACAGGAGGAGGGAGCAGAGCGUCCUGCACACUGGUGAGAGCACAGAGACUGACACUGGAGAUUCAGCCGACCCCAAGCCAGCCUGCCCCUCCUCCGGCUGCGAGGGUCUGGUGGUUAUCAGCGACGGACCCGCUGAGAGUGAGGCCUGUGUGAAUGCCGUUCCCCCCUGUGCUGGCAGCCAGAGCGACCACAGAACCCCCCCCUGCACCCUGCACCCCCCUCCCACUGCAGCGCCCCCUCUCUGGUGUGGCAGCAUGCUGUACUGCAUCAUUGACGUGGUUCCCGCGCGUCGCUGGAAGGAGUUUGUGCGCACGCUGCCGCUGCCAGACGAGGAGAUGGAGCGGGCGGAGCUGGAGGCGGGGCCUGUCCUCCGUGAGCAGCAGUACAUGAUGCUGAAGCGCUGGACACAGAGACAGGGAGCAGGACUUCACUGUGUCUAUAACACACUGCACAGCAUGGACCUGCCUGACUGCACAGAGACCCUGAGAGAGAGACUGGGGGAGAGAGAGAGACAGAGUCAGGGAGCGGGACUUCACUGUGUCUAUAACACACUGCACAGCAUGGACCUGCCUGACUGCACAGAGACCCUGAGAGAGAGACUGGGGGAGAGAGACACAGAGUCAGGGAGCGGGACUUCACUGUGUCUAUAACACACUGCACAGCAUGGACCUGCCUGACUGCACAGAGACCCUGAGAGAGAGACUGGGAGAGAGAGACACAGAGUCAGGGAGCAGGACUUCACUGUGUCUAUAACACACUGCACAGCAUGGACCUGCCUGACUGCACAGAGACCCUGAGAGAGAGACUGGGGGAGAGAGAGACACAGAGUCAGGGAGCGGGACUUCACUGUGUCUAUAACACACUGCACAGCAUGGACCUGCCUGACUGCACAGAGACCCUGAGAGAGAGACUGGGGGAGAGAGACACAGAGUCAGGGAGCAGGACUUCACUGUGUCUAUAACACACUGCACAGCAUGGACCUGCCUGACUGCACAGAGACCCUGAGAGAGAGACUGGGGGAGAGAGAGACACAGAGACAGGGAGCAGGACUUCACUGUGUCUAUAACACACUGCACAGCAUGGACCUGCCUGACUGCACAGAGACCCUGAGAGAGAGACUGGGGGAGAGAGACACAGAGUCAGGGAGCGGGACUUCACUGUGUCUAUAACACACUGCACAGCAUGGACCUGCCUGACUGCACAGAGACCCUGAGAGAGAGACUGGGGGAGAGAGAGACACAGAGUCAGGGAGCGGGACUUCACUGUGUCUAUAACACACUGCACAGCAUGGACCUGCCUGACUGCACAGAGACCCUGAGAGAGAGACUGGGGGAGAGAGAGACACAGAGUCAGGGAGCGGGACUUCACUGUGUCUAUAACACACUGCACAGCAUGGACCUGCCUGACUGCACAGAGACCCUGAGAGAGAGACUGGGGGAGAGAGAGACACAGAGUCAGGGAGCGGGACUUCACUGUGUCUAUAACACACUGCACAGCAUGGACCUGCCUGACUGCACAGAGACCCUGAGAGAGAGACUGGGGGAGAGAGGGACACAGAGUCAGGGAGCAGGACUUCACUGUGUCUAUAACACACUGCACAGCAUGGACCUGCCUGACUGCACAGAGACCCUGAGAGAGAGACUGGGGGAGAGAGAGACACAGAGUCAGGGAGCAGGACUUCACUGUGUCUAUAACACACUGCACAGCAUGGACCUGCCUGACUGCACAGAGACCCUGAGAGAGAGACUGGGGGAGAGAGAGACACAGAGUCAGGGAGCAGGACUUCACUGUGUCUAUAACACACUGCACAGCAUGGACCUGCCUGACUGCACAGAGACCCUGAGAGAGAGACUGGGGGAGAGAGACACAGAGUCAGGGAGCAGGACUUCACUGUGUCUAUAACACACUGCACAGCAUGGACCUGCCUGACUGCACAGAGACCCUGAGAGAGAGACUGGGGGAGGGAGAGACACAGAGUCAGGGAGCGGGACUUCACUGUGUCUAUAACACACUGCACAGCAUGGACCUGCCUGACUGCACAGAGACCCUGAGAGAGAGACUGGGGGAGAGAGAGACACAGAGUCAGGGAGCAGGACUUCACUGUGUCUAUAACACACUGCACAGCAUGGACCUGCCUGACUGCACAGAGACCCUGAGAGAGAGACUGGGGGAGAGAGAGACACAGAGUCAGGGAGCAGGACUUCACUGUGUCUAUAACACACUGCACAGCAUGGACCUGCCUGACUGCACAGAGACCCUGAGAGAGAGACUGGGGGAGAGAGAGACACAGAGUCAGGGAGCGGGACUUCACUGUGUCUAUAACACACUGCACAGCAUGGACCUGCCUGACUGCACAGAGACCCUGAGAGAGAGACUGGGGGAGAGAGACACAGAGUCAGGGAGCAGGACUUCACUGUGUCUAUAACACACUGCACAGCAUGGACCUGCCUGACUGCACAGAGACCCUGAGAGAGAGACUGGGGGAGAGAGGGACACAGAGUCAGGGAGCAGGACUUCACUGUGUCUAUAACACACUGCACAGCAUGGACCUGCCUGACUGCACAGAGACCCUGAGAGAGAGACUGGGGGAGAGAGAGACACAGAGUCAGGGAGCAGGACUUCACUGUGUCUAUAACACACUGCACAGCAUGGACCUGCCUGACUGCACAGAGACCCUGAGAGAGAGACUGGGGGAGAGAGAGACACAGAGUCAGGGAGCAGGACUUCACUGUGUCUAUAACACACUGCACAGCAUGGACCUGCCUGACUGCACAGAGACCCUGAGAGAGAGACUGGGGGAGAGAGAGACACAGAGACAGGGAGCAGGACUUCACUGUGUCUAUAACACACUGCACAGCAUGGACCUGCCUGACUGCACAGAGACCCUGAGAGAGAGACUGGGGGAGAGAGAGACACAGAGUCAGGGAGCAGGACUUCACUGUGUCUAUAACACACUGCACAGCAUGGACCUGCCUGACUGCACAGAGACCCUGAGAGAGAGACUGGGGGAGAGAGAGACACAGAGUCAGAGCAUCAAGUCUGUUUUUAAAGGAUGAUUUUGUGUGUGUUGCUCACAGGUGGAUGUUGGUUUUCUCUGCUGUAUAUUCAGAGCUCAGCUCUGAAGCUGUCAGUCACAAUCAUUCUGAAGAUGCCUGUGUAAUAUGCUGGAUAACAUGAGUUACUGUAUCUUGUAUUUUAUAAAAAUAUGAUUGAA